AUGCUGGGGCUGUCCCGAGUGAACACAGGCACAUCUGGCCCCUGGACGCGGGAUCGUGGGCUGUCAGGGCAGUCAGGGAGAUCACAGCAUCUCUACGGGGUGAGAUCCGAAUGCGAUGAUUCAUUCCCAGGCCGAGAGGUACUCAGACAGAGCCGCUUGCAAAACAGCUCUACCACCGCCACCGCACAGCGAGCCACCCACACCAGCCCCAACGCGUCAAAACUGGACGAUCGCGGAAGGAAUCAGAAAUCAACUCGUAUUUUCAUUUACAUCCCUUGA